GUACCAAAAAGAUAACAAUAGCCUUGAUCAUCACAAUUGAAAAUAUCCCAAGAAUAAAAUUCCAUUCAUUAUUAAAUAGCAAAUCUUAGAAAAUAGAGGGUUUGGUUAAAAAGAAAUAUAAAACUGAAGAUAUAAAAUCAUAUUUUAUUCAUAAAAUAAUAUCAAUCAUUUUUGUUACUAAAAGCAUUCAAUUCUAUCCAAUAACUGCAUAAAAAAAUGGAAGCCUUUAAAGAAACAUACAAAAAGUUAUGCCGAAAAUAUGAAAUUGAACCACAAGACCUUAUUUUAGGUUAUCUAAAAGGCAUUGGAGAUGAAAGAAUUUCAUUAGAUUUAUCAACAUGCGCUCUUUCAGCAUCCACUUGUUUUAUUCUUGGUAAAAUAUUGGAAAAUGAUCUUUCAGUUACUGAUUUGUGUUUUUGUAAUUGCAUGCUACAAUGUAAAGGAAUAAAAGCUAUAUUGGAUGGACUUUGCUUAAAUGGAGCUGUGCAACAUUUACAUCUCAAAGGAAAUGGUUUGAAAGGAGCAAAUGCUGAAGAUAUAGGCAAAUUGCUAACAUAUAAUAAAGUACUACACCAAUUAUCAUUGGAAUGGAAUUCUUUAGGAAAAUCUCAAGAUGCAUUUACAUUAUUUUGUUCAGGCUUAGCUGUGAAUAAAACUUUAAAAGUGUUAGAUUUGAGAAGUAAUCUAAUUAAUAAUGAAGGUGCAAUUGCACUUGCUGGUGCUCUUUCUAAAAAUGAAGGAUUAAAAUCUAUAGAUUUACGCUGGAAUCUAGUUGGUCAACUAGGAGCUUGUGCUUUAUUAAAUGUUUUGAAGAAACAUAAUAAAUCAUUGAUACAUCUGGAUUUGACUGGUAACCCAGAAAUAAGUGAGGAAGUUCUUCAAGCAAUAGCUGCUGCCCUUAACAAUAAUUGCACUAUGCAGUUAUUGCAAGAGGAACAGAUUACAAGAACUAAACAAAUUACUAAUGAGAUGCAAACUACAAAAGAUUAUCAAUUAGAGCAGCAAACCCUUCCUAGUUAUACACAAGAACUUUUUCAGGAAAGUGGAGACAAAAUAGGAAACAUUAAGGAUUUAGCAAAUGAAUUAAAGGAAAAGAAAAUUGCUUUUGAUGCAAUGGUAGAAAGAGUUAAUAAAUUACAAAAUGAUCUAGAAGUUAUUCAUGAGCAAAAUAAAGAAGCAAACAAACUUUUAGCACAGUAUAAAGCAGAAAAUGAAGAAUUAAAGAACCAACAACAAAAACUUCUCAUUAAAGAAAAUAAAGACAGAUUGGAUGCUGAAGCAAACAUUGUUGCUGAAAUAGAUGCUAUAAAAGAAGAGAAGCGAUCUUUAGAACUUCAAUUAGAAUGUGCUUUGAAGACUCAUGAGAUUCACACAUCAAAAAUAGAGAAAUUACAAACUUCUAUUGCAUCUUUAGAAAUACAGCUAAAACAUUCAGAAGUUAUCCAUGCUGAGGAAAUAAAUGCAAUUAAACAAGAACAAAAUGAAGCAAUUAAGGAAGUAGAACAAUCAAAACAAGAUGAAAUUGCAAAUGCAAAAAAAGGCAUAGAAGAAAUAGAACAGAAACUAAAUGAAAAUUUGCAGCGACUUGAAAUGCAAAGAACACAACUUGAAAAAGAAAUAAUGCAUCUUAAUGGAAAACUUGUAGAAGAGAGAACUAAGACUGAAGAACUACUUCAGCAACAAAGAUUAAAGUUUCAUGAAGAAAUGGAAGCACAGUGCUCUCAGCUCUCAGAAAAAGUCCAUACAUUACAAAAAGAAAAUGAUGAUCAAAUAAAAGUGAUCUCCCAGAAGGAAUUUGACAUUACACAGUUACAGUCUGUGAAAGAGCACUUAGAAAUAGAAAAAGAAAAUCUACAUAAAAUAGUCAGUCAACUGAAAGAGCAAUUAGCUUCUAAAGAAAGUGAAUUAAGAAAUAUAGUUACUACUUCAGAAACAGAAAACCGAGAUAAACAUAAUGAGUUAAUGAAAGAAAAAGAUAACAAUAAUAAUUUACAGAGUAAAGUUUUGGAAUUAGAAACCACCCUCAAUAAUCUUCAAAACCAAUAUUCAGAAAAUAUUGCUAAUAAAGAUUAUCAAAUUAAUACUCUGAAGGAUAUAUUACAAAAAAAAGAAACUGAAUUACAAAAUAAACAGCAAGAAGAACUUAAUAGAGCUUCAGAGUUGUAUUCUGCUUUCAAGAAUUAUAUGGAUAAUGUUCCCAGAUUGGAUAUUACCAGCUAUUUUGCUUCUAGAGGAUCAACUUCCACUCCGUUUUCAAAAAAAUAAUUUAUAAUAAUUUUUAACUUCAAAAUUAUUUUUAUCAUGUUAAAGAAUU